CACCUUUUUCUGCCAUGACACACCCACCUGUCCUCCUCUUCCCGGCACCACCAGCUUGGGCACAUAUUCAUUGCCAUGGAGAAGGUUACGGAUAAGAUUAAUGCCUUGCCUGAGGGCGCUAACUACUUCUCACUGGAGUUCUUCCCUCCGAAAACAUCCAUGGGCUUUGCGAAUCUUCAAUCCCGCCUCGAGCGUAUGUCCCAGGCUCUGCGUCCGCUCUUCGUCACCGUGACUUGGGGUGCCGGCGGUUCGACAGCUGCCAAGUCCCUUGAACUUGCUGAAAUCUGCCAGCGUCAGUUGGGCUUGACGACAUGUCUGCACCUGACAUGCACCAACAUGAGCCGCUCGCUUAUCGAUGAAGCCCUCGAGCAGGCUAAGGUCUUAGGGAUUCGGAAUAUCUUGGCGCUACGCGGGGACGCACCCCGCAGUGAGGAAUAUCGCAACGAAGCGCAGUUGUUGGAGGGCGACUCCAACAAGGACUUCACGUGGGCCAUUGACUUGGUCCGCUAUAUACGGAAGCAGUACGGAGAUUACUUCUGCAUUGGUGUCGCGGCAUAUCCGGAAGGUCAUUCUGAUGAGUCAACCCCGAAUCCUGAACAUCAAGAUCCUUUAUUCGAUUUGCCGUAUCUAGUUGAUAAGACAAAGGCUGGUGCAGAUUUCAUUAUGACACAGCUAUUCUUCGAUGUCAAGGCUUUUGACACAUUUGAGAAAAUGUUGAGGGAGCAUGAGUCUGGCGUUUUCAAAACGAUACCCAUCAUCCCGGGUUUGAUGCCGAUCCAGAGCUACCAGAUAUUACGACGGACGACAAAGCUCAGUCAUGCCAAGCUGCCCACGGAUAUUUUGGGGAGGCUGGAUGCCGUCAAAAGCGACGACGAGUUGGUAAAACAGGUCGGAGUGCAAAUCUUGAGCGAAAUGGUUGAUCACAUCAAAAAGCGCCCUAGCGUAACACAGCGAGGCUUCCAUUUCUAUACGCUAAAUCUCGAAAAAGCCGUCUCCCACAUUGUCGAAAACACUCAUCUCAUCCCGCCAACGCUAAUCGAAGACGAUGAAGAAGCUAUUGCCUCCCUGACUCCUGGCAAUCCAUCCCCUCCAGACGGUGCCAUGAUGAAUCGUGAUCGUCGUCGCCUCUCAUCAAUUAACUCUAGCCCGCACAACCGUGUCAUCAUCUCACGACCUGCUAAAUCCAGCAACGUCAGCUUCGAGGCACCUGAAGAUGAGGCUGGCAUUCUCAAGGGCCCCAUCAGCACUAGAGCCAACACGCUCGCCAUCUCAGAGGGCGAAGGCUCGCUCGGCAGAGAAGCAACAUGGGACGACUUCCCCAACGGCCGCUGGGGCGACGCACGCUCUCCCGCAUUCGGCGAAAUAGAUGGUUACGGCCCAACUCUCCACGUGUCCACUCCCCAAGCUCUAAAACUAUGGGGCCAUCCUGUCGACAAAGCCGACAUCUCAACUAUCUUCCGUCGCCACAUCACCGGCGAACUCGACGCAAUCCCCUGGUCCGAACAAGGCCUAAGUCCAGAAACGAGCACCAUCAAAGACGAGCUCCUCGCACUAAACAACAAGGGCUGGUGGAGCGUAGCAUCUCAACCGGCUGUCAACGGGCUUAAAUCCUCCGACCCCGUGUUCGGCUGGGGUCCUCGCAACGGCUUCGUCUUCCAAAAACCCUUCGUGGAGUUCUUCCUCCCAACAUCCGACUGGGCAGUCCUGCAACCCCGCCUUGAAGCCCAAGAACAGAUCACAUACUUUGCGGGGAAUUCCCAGGGCGAGCUUGUGGGGAAUGGUGAGGGUAGUGUGAAUCCGGUUACGUGGGGCACGUUUGCGGGGAAGGAGAUUAUCACACCUACAAUUAUUGAGAGGGAGAGCUUUAGCAGUUGGAGGGAAGAGGCAUUUAGUAUUUGGAAGGAGUGGCAGAGGGUUUAUCCGCCCGUGAGUCCGUCGGCGAGGUUGUUGGGUGCAGUGAGAGAGGACGUUUGGUUAGUCAAUGUUAUUUGGGGAGAUUUUGUUAAGGGGAGGGAGUUGUGGGAGUUUUUGAUGGAUGUGCAGGGAGUUGCAGAGGGGAGGCAGUGUGUAUAGAGGCGGUUUGGAGUGAAUUGAGAUGCGGGGGGCUGGGGAAAGGGGUUGGGAUGAUGGUUGGGGAGAUUGUGAGCGUUUACACUAUUGGCAAGGCUCGUAUCCGCUCAUGUUCCAUUUCUAAAUUGGGCAGAUCUGAUUUGCAAGAGAUCGUCAUCAGGCCCAUCUCAUAUAGCUUUUAUUUAC